AUGUCACAUCAAUUCAUGAGAUUGAUGAAACUGAGCUGAACCAACUGAAAGAAAACCAAACAACUUUAAACGGUGUCAAUCGUAACCUGACAAAUCUCAACGACAAACUCAGCUCAGACAAUGAAGACUUGAAGAGGAACCAAACCAAGCUCACACUCCAGAUGAACAACCUGACUCAAGUCAUCACUGUCUUAGAGAAAAAUGUGACAAACCUGACAAAAGAAAACCAGAACCUUAGAGGGAAAAAUGAGGAGCUGGAGACAGAAAAGAAAAACCUAACAGAAGAAAUACAACAGAUGACGACACCAUGGAUUGAGCUCAAUGUUAGUCGAGCUCAGUGGAGCAUUGAUGUCUACUGUCCCAAAGAAAAUAACAAACCAACAUGUAAGCCUUGUCAGAAGGGAUGGGAUCAUGUUGAGUCCAGCUGCUAUGCAGUUAAUAAUCCUGACAGUGCUGGAUGGAGAACCUGGGAAGAAGCUCGAGAAAACUGCAGAGAAAAGAUUUCAGAUUUACCUGUUGUUAUUAAUGAAGAAGAAAAGAAAACUGUCAGUGAAAAGAGUUGGGAAUAUGAUGAAAACAAAGGAUACUGGAUUGGUCUGAGAGUUAAAGAUGGGAUAUGGAAGUGGCUGGAUGGAAGGAAUCUGACUAAUAUCUCCUGGAUGAACCAGCCUCCUUCUGAUGGUCACUGUGCAAUCUCUGUCCACAACCAAGGAUUUAAAUCAUUGAGCUGUGCUGAGAAGAACCGAUGGAUCUGCAAAAAGAAAGCUUUGUCUGUUUGAAUACUGCAGUAAAACUUCAGAGGACUUUCGGAUAGUCUCAGUCUCAAAAUAAAAUAAUGGUGAUAAUAACUGGUCAACAGAGGGCACUGCAUUACUUCAGAUCAAGCAGUUGUUCCCUGAAGUAUCUGCACUGAGAUUUUUUCAAGUUGCAAUGAUAGUUAUUGUUAAGCUAUGUUAUAUUAAUGAGUAAUGUUUUAGUCAAGCCAAGAACAACACUGUUCAAACUGCUGUAACAUGUAGAAGAAGGACAGCUGGCCUCUACAUUUGGACUUUGUUAAUCAGUCACAGUGACGACAUCAGCUACAGAGCA